GUCCAGAUCUCACUCUCUCUUUUUCUUCUUACCAUUUCAAAUCCCUAGAUACCCAAAAUCCUAAAUUUAUCCACCCUAUAUAUAUACACACAUAUCCACAGGUGUCAAUCACAACACUCUUCAAUGGACCCACUAUUAUCUUUAACGGAUCCACUACUACUUGCCGGCGCCGCCGAUUCACCACCGCCUGCUGCUGCUCCGGUGGUAGCUGAAAUGGCUAACCUCACCGCUGCUCCUGUCGACAGCCAGCCACCUUUCGCCGAGAUGAUAACAUCGGCGAUAACCGCGUUAAACGAGCCGGGCGGGUCGAGUAGCAGAGCCAUAGCGAAGUACAUAGAGCGAGUCUACUCGAAUCUUCCACCCGGUCACUCGUCCUUGUUGACUCAGCACCUCAAGCGCAUGAAGAGCGGCGGUGAGCUUGUCAUGGUUAAGCACUCUUACAUGCUCCCUGGAUCUGCUCCUCCCCCACCGGAUUUUACUCCCGGCUCGAAGAGAAAGCCCGGUCGCCCUCCCAAAGGCAGAUCCGAGGCCCAGCCCGAGUCGUGGGCUCCGGAUGGGCCGGCGGAUAUCCCGGCAGAAUCCGUGUUUGGUUUGGUUGGAUUAGAUGGUGGGCCCGCGGUUCCUGUUUCUACGGCCGCUGCGGCUAACGUUGUUCCUGUUCCGGCUCGGAGGGGCCGUGGACGGCCAAAGAAGUUGAAUUCCGACGGAAAAAGCACCGGAAUUCUUCCGACGCCGCAAAAUUUGAACCAGAAUGGAGGAGGAAGGAGGCCGGGGCGUCCUCCAAAGACCGGAUUUGUGCCGGCGUUAGGUGUUUCCGGUAGGCCCAGAGGUCGACCUAAGAGAAUCGCUCCUUCUACCGGAAUGGGGAAGUUGAGAGGCCGAGGCCGACCCAAGGCGAUUGCCGCCGUCGGCAUUGCUAAGAAGCUCGGAAGGCCACGUGGCCGGCCGGCAAAAAACACUGUGCUUAUGGGCGGCGCUACGGUUGGAGCUAUCAAUGUUCCCAUUAUUGAUGGUGAGGCGAGGAAUGCAGCCUUUCCUGCUACAAAUGGAGUAUUGCUCCCUCCAAAACGACGAGGUCGUCCUCCUAAGCUGCCAACUCGCACUGCUGCAGGCCCUACAAUGCGAAGGGGACAACUUCCCAGGUCUGCUGUUAAUGGUGGGAUCAGGAAGCCCAGAAAGCUCAGUGGAAAGCCACUUGGUCGCCCAAGAAAGGAUGCAACACCGAUAGCCGCUAAGGCUCUGGAUUCUCAGCAGUUGGCGGCUUUUCAGGACCUUAAGAUCAAAUUUGAAAACCUGAAAACGAAAGUGAUGGAGACUGCUAGCAUUAUAAAACCGUGCUUAAACAGUGAAGCAAUGCCAGUGACCGCAAUAGCGGCCUUGCAGGAGCUUGAAGCUUUGGCAGCAGGCGAUGCGAAUCCCGUGUAAGAAGGAAUGGUUGGCUUAGGCUGUGUAGUGUUAACAUUGUUUAAAUUUACAUGUUGUCUGUGCAGAGAUAAAGCCCUCCAAAUAAUGGUAAUCUGUAGUGUCUUUAGUGGAAGAACAUAAUUUGGUAAUUUUUGAUGUGUAGGUUUGAAUUUCACUUUCUGUGUGUUGACAUGUAUUAUCAUUCCAGAUUUUAUCUCUUGUGAUGAAUUGUGUCAUUGUGUUCAAGGCCUAAAGCCAACCAUUUUGGGUGCAUUGGUUUAAGCCCAGUAACAAGUACUAUUUACUUA